AUUGAUAGUUUCUUUUGUAGAUCAAAUCGCUCCUCAUACAGACGUGAUUUCUUGUACUUAUGCUGAGGUACAUUACAGAUAUAUGAUCGCACGAAAGCUAUUAUUGGCGGUAGCUGUCAUUGCCAGUUUCUAAUGCCGACUGAAACCUCAGCCCGACACUGACGUGCUCUUCUCUGUAACAAUAGGCUUGCUUGAGAAUCCUGCAGACGACGACAACACACACUACAUUGAUCACUUUCCUCUUCCACAUUUAAUACACAGGUAUUAACGUCAGCAGCAGCAGCAGCAGCGAUUCCAAUCUCCGUCGGCCAACUUCUUAUUCUAUCCCAAAUCCGACAUGCUCUCAGCUUCUAUUCGCUGCCAGCAACUGCUUCCUUCUCGUCCCAAAUCGCUCGUCCUGCCGUUUCCACCGUAGCCAUGGGAGAGAGCUUGAAGUGCUCACAGGUGUUUGAUCGUGGUUGUGAGGAAGGUCGAUGACUGUUGGUGUGUGCUAUGUAUGAUUCUUUUGUUUGGGUUUGUCUUGAAGGACGCAGAUCUGGUCGGUGGAAGAGCACAGCAGCGGGAGAGGCAGACGCGGAAUGCGGCGGUGGCGGCGCUGAGAUGCCCGCGGUGCGAGUCCACCAACACCAAGUUCUGCUACUACAACAACUACAGCAAGUUGCAGCCGCGGCACUACUGCCGGGCCUGUCGCAGGCACUGGACCGAGGGCGGCGCGCUCCGCAACGUGCCUGUGGGUGGCAGCCGCAAGAACAAGCGCCCCCGGGGCGCUCAAACCACACCCGCCGAUGCAUCAGAUGGUCAUGGAAACGGAAGAAGCAUCGACGACGGCAGCAGCAGCGUUUUCUCUGACGCUUCCAAUCUGCCGAUCAUCCGUCAGCCAACACCGCCGGAGCAUUUUGGCGCCGGAUCUGAAGAACCGCUCGUCUCGAGCUCUUAUCAUGAAAGCCCUCAUCCUUUCUCUUCAUUACCGUUCUAUGAUUGCACAGGGCAAGACUCCUUCACUGUCGAUGAUCGUCUCUUUGCAAUGGAGACCUCGAUGCUGCACCUGCCGGCGAGCAACUUGAGUCACUGGGACGACAUCAUCGACCUCGUCAACCUCGAACUCAAGCCGCCGGCGCCCGACCGAGUGGAUCACACCCUGACUUACUGAAGCAUCGGCUGCCUUCUGCUCUUGGUUGCUGGAUUUUGUUCUACGAUGUGGAUGGAGACUGAAGAGGAAACCGAUGGGAAUUUGUUCUCCGGAAAUCAAACUCCACUGUUUGCUUAUAUUCUGUAGGCAAAUCAAUUAACACAUCUGAACAUUCUCAGUGAAAUCUCUGAGAUUUUGA